UUUCAAUACACUAACAGCGGAAAUAAAGAUAUAGAUGAUUUAAUUAAGGCAACACAUAGUAACCAACUUAAAUUUAGACUAGAAUGGAUCCCGUUUGAAGAGUUUACAAAUAUUAAACCAAUUGGAGAAGGCGGAUUUAGUAAUAUAUUUAUUGCCAAGUGGGAAAAGGGAAGAAUAAAAUGGUUUAACGAGAAAGAUAAGGAAUUUGUUCGAGCAGGUCCUGAAACUGUAGCGCUAAAAAUUCUUAAAAAUUCUCAAAACAUUAAUUCAAUGUUCUUAAAAGAGAUUAUCGUUCAAACUCGACCAAAAUCCCCUGACCGUUAUGUUAUUCAAUGUUAUGGA